UUUAUUACCCACACAACAACGUCAGGAAAAAAAAAAAUAUUACCACAACAAAAAAGAUUUGGUGCGCACCCCAAGACAUGAUAAGUUUUUUUUCUCUCAACAAAUUGCUACUCCCUCCCAAAAAGGUGAUACUAGUACUUUUUAGGUAGCUUGUUGUUGUUGGUGAUCAUCUGAUACAGACAUGGCCAAUAUCACAAGCAUCGGAGUUAUCGGCGCCGGUCAAAUGGGUUCCGGAAUUGCCCAACUCGCCGCCGUCAACGGCAUCGACGUUUGGCUUUACGAUACCGAUUCUGAAGCUCUUAUUAAAGCCCAAAAUUCUAUUUCCAAUAUUAUUCAACGCCUCCUCUCCAAAGGACAACUCUCUCAGGAAAAAAGUGCUGACGCUGUAAGACGUCUACGGUGUUCAUCCC